AUGAGGGUCUUGUGGGGCGUGGGGCUUGUCUGCCUCGCGUGGGUCGGCGCUUUCGGCCGCGCUCAGAGCUUCUUCACCCACCCUCGCCUCUGCGCGGCCUCCCGUCCCGAUCCCUCCCGGCUCUCGGGGCUUCGCGCUUACCGCACUUGCUAUAUCACCCAGAAGACUGAUCACUUUGGUUUUGCUGAAGAUCGCACGUUCAAACAGCGCUACCUCAUAGCAGAUCAGCACUGGAAGAGAGAUGUUGGGUCAAUUCUCUUCUACACCGGCAAUGAAGGAGACAUCACCUGGUUUGCAAAUAAUACGGGUUUCAUGUGGAAUGUAGCUGAAGAAUUAGAUGCCAUCCUGGUUUUUGCUGAACACAGAUACUAUGGGGAGUCCAUGCCUUUUGGAAAUAAAACGUUCACCGAUACCAAGCAUCUGAAUUACUUGACUUCACAGCAAGCUCUGGCUGAUUUUGCAGUGCUUGUUCAGCACUUGAAGAGUACGAUCCCUGGAACACAAAAUACACCGGUUAUAGCCAUAGGAGGAUCCUAUGGAGGAAUGCUUGCCGCCUGGUUCCGAAUGAAAUAUCCCCACGUAGUAAUUGGAGCUCUUGCUGCUUCAGCCCCCAUUUGGCAGUUUGACAGCUUGGUUCCCUGUGGAGCCUUUCACAAGAUAGUGACUGAAGAUUUCAAAAAGAGCGGGCUUGGCUGUUCAGAGACCAUCAGAAAUUCCUGGGCGGCCAUUAAACGUAUUACUGCCACAGAGAAAGGCUUAGAGUGGCUUUCCCGCACAUUUCAUUUGUGCAGUCCCUUGAAAACCGUGACAGCGAUCACCUCCUUCAAAGCAUGGCUGAGAGAGACCUGGAUAAACCUGGCAAUGGUGGACUAUCCAUAUCAAGCCGACUUCUUACAGCCUCUCCCUGCCUGGCCUGUUCAGGCUAUCUGUAAAUACCUGAAAAAUCCUAAACUGUCAGACAAAUUGUUGCUCCAGAAUAUCUUCCAGGCUGUAAACAUCUAUUACAACUACACAGGACAGGCAUCCUGCUUGAACAUAACUCAGACGGCUACUAAAAGUCUGGGCCUUCAAGGCUGGUAUUACCAGGCUUGCACUGAAAUGGUGAUGCCCAUGUGCUCAGAUGGUAUCAAUGACAUGUUUGAGCCACAGAAAUGGGACUUCCGUAUGUACUCAGAAGAAUGUUUCAAAGCCUGGGGGGUACGACCCCGCCCUUCUUGGAUUCCCACGCUUUAUGGCGGGAAAAACAUUAGUGCUCACAGUAACAUCAUUUUCAGCAACGGGGGACUUGAUCCUUGGUCUGGGGGUGGAGUUACACAGAACAUCACAGACACUCUCGUUGCAGUUGUGAUCCCGGAAGGUGCUCAUCACUUGGAUCUACGUGCCGACAGCCCUUUUGACCCAAUCUCUGUCCUGCAGGCCCGCCUCUUGGAAGUUCGCUACAUGAAGCUGUGGUUACGCAAGCAAAACAGGGUCAAUAAGUGCCUAAAGUAACUGGAUAUAGUUGGGGUUGGUAGCAGCUUUGUUCUUCUGGUGAUCCUCUCUCUUCUGGAUUGUCUCUCUUUCAGCUUGCCUUCCAAGCAUUCUUUAUCUUCUCCCACUUCUUAAUCAAGCUAUUUGAGACAAGCUGGAAUCUAUGUGGCUCUGCUCUGGUUGGUGACAUUACAUCCAUGUUACAGGAAGCCAACAGGAUUUUCUGCUGCUCUUGAUUGAGCAGUAAGACCCACAACUGGGAAAGGAGAAUGUUUCUAAUCCCUAACCCCCUCUGCCUCUUCCUGCCCCACUUGCUUAGCUGCCUUUGUGUGGGGAGCUGGACUCCAUAAUUAUAUUAACUUAAGGAAUUUGGUGGAAUAACAGGUGGGAUAGCUGAUAACGUAGGAGGUGACUUUAAACGAAGAGUAGACAAAUUUAUGAAGGUACUUUUGCCCUCAAAAUACUUGUGGCUCCAGUUAUGUUGUUCUUGGCCAUUGCCUAUAAGGCAUUGUAGUUCAGUGGAUCCUGCUCCUGAUCAUGGCUGAAAACCGGUCACCAGGAAGCAUUGUCACAGCAGAAGAUCUUUGUCUUUGCAUGUUUGGUUACGAUGAUGAUGAUAAACUAGAUGGGCCUAUGGCCAGCAGGACACUUCUGCUGAGCUAUCUAGCUACUAAUUGCUCAGCUAGAAGAUAUGGAGUAUGUGGAUGAUCUCCUGCAAGUAGGGACUUGUUUAACUCAGGUUUGGUGAUGGCUUAGCCACUGGCUGAAGCCAUAGCUAGGCAAUGUAUGAGAAUGUGGAAUUUCCCAUUCUUGUUUGUCUCCUAAUGGAAACACAGGGGCAGAAUAUCAAGAACAGAGUUUGUCAUGUUCCCCCUUCCCUGGUUUGAUAAUUUAAGAGAUUUUGGUUCUGUCCAGCUUCAAUAUCAGCGGUGGUUGAAAGGACUGUAUAUCAGUAAGGUGCAGCAGGAAAAGAGAAGGCUUAAAUGCCUCAUCACAUUUAAAAUUGAGGCUCAUCGUGGUAAAAGAUGAUGCAUUGUUAGGCUGACUAUAUCUUUUUACUGAAACCUUCAGGUUUUGAAUCAUUCUGAGAAGGAAAUGACAAGGGAACAAACACUUAAGAAAUAUCCAAGCAAACUUUCUGUUAAAUCUCAAUAAACCUUUGUUGGCUUUUGAGGGGGAAAUGGAUUUGUUGCGAAUUCUAGCUACUUAUAACAAUGUUGACCAAAGAUUUGAAGCAUCUUUGGGCAAGAACAAAUCCAGGAGCGGUUUGUAUCACCAGUGGCACAGGUUUGUGCCAUUUCUGUUCUCAAAAAACUUUGAGGAUAGGCCUACCUUUUCCUAUAAGGCUGCAGAGAUCUAUGGUUGUUCGCACCAAAUGAUGGAUGGGUGGAUGGAUGGAUAUCCUUAUUUUGGUUAUUCUUCUAGAAAAGAUGAACUGCAAUUUGUACAGUGAUAAAAUGACAUUGUGAUCCACAAAUGAAAAAAAAAUUACAACUGUUAAUAAAA